CAGCGGAGCGUCUGUAAUUCUAUCCUACCUUACCUUAUGGUAAGCUGAUCAGUAAAGUAUUUAACAGAAACCAUAAAUUUCUUGCAAGUCUUUUCAUACCUAUUCUCAUCAUCAGCUGCACAUCAUGAAGCUCACUGCUGUUCUUCUCUCCGCCAGCGCCCUGUUCCUGGGCUCGGCUAAUGCGUGGUGGUGUACCAACUAUGGAAAACAGGCUAAUCAUCUGAGCUGCAAAGCGCUUUACCCGGUAGGAUGGGCCCACUGCACAUUGUGUGACUGGAGAGGAGACUGCAUGUUAACGGAGGAUACCCCUUGCGGCGAAGGCGGUUUUGAGGGCUGCGUAAGUGAUUCCAACAUUCUCGGGAAUGAUAGAAGACGGACGCUAACAUUACGGCUCAGUGUUUGUAAAGAAUCAGCGUUGAUGAAUUUUUGGGAGAUAUUUGGUCAUUGUAUGCGUGAUUUUCAAGGUAGCUUUAGGGGCCUUAACUAUCGCACACCUCACUUCAAUGAUAAUUGGUUUAGGGUGAAGACAUUUAUCGGACUUGGGUAGCCUUUAGGGAAUC